AUGACGGCAGCCAGUGACCCUUCCGGUACUGACGGAUCGCGAAAACCUCUCAUUCUCAAUGCGUUCGUUGAGAUGUGCAGCGGUCAUCAGUCUCCAGGGUUGUGGCGCCACCCAGAAGAUGAAUCACACCGGUUCAACGACGUAGACCACUGGAUCGAGCUGGCACAGUUGCUGGAGUCAGCCAAGUUUCAUGGCAUUUUCAUCGCGGACGUCCUAGGACCCCGAAACCUGGCUCCGGCUAUUGCUUCAGGAGCGCAAUGGCCCGUCAAUGAACCCCUAGCUGUGGUUUCGGCGAUGGCAGCUGCGACGAGAAAUAUCGGAUUUGGGGUGACAGUGACGACAACCUAUGAGCAGCCAUAUCAUUUGGCUCGCCGGCUAUCGACGGUUGAUCAUUUGUCCAAGGGACGAUUGGGAUGGAAUGUUGUCACAGGCUAUCUGGACUCAGCCGCUCGGAACAUGGGCCAUGCCCAGCAACCUCAGCAUGACGAUCGAUAUGCUGUCGCCGAAGAAUACGUGAGAGUAACCUACAAACUCUGGGAGUCCUCCUGGCGUGACGAUGCUGUCGUCCUCGAUCGGGCCCGCGGAAUCUACACCGAUCCCAGCCGUGUACGCGAAAUCAACCACGAAGGCAAAUACUUCAACGUCCCUGGUCCGCAUCUGUGCCAACCGAGCCCGCAGCGAACGCCCGUCAUCCUUCAAGCUGGCACCUCCAAAGCAGGAAAGACGUUUGCUGCGCAACAUGCGGAGGCGAUCUUCGUGGCAGGACACAGUCCCGCAGUGGUUGCGAAGAAUAUCGCAGAGAUACGCACGACGGCGCAGGGACAAUUCGGACGCGACCCUCAGAGCAUCAAGUUCCUGGCACUUUUAUGCCCGGUGUUAGGCCGCACAGAGGAAGAGGCACAGGAGAAGUUCCAGUACUACCGCAGCUUGGGAUCGAUCGACGGCGCAUUGGCACUCUUUGGCGGGUGGACAGGAAUCAACUUGGACACGUACGGUGAUGACGAAGAGCUUCGGCAGGUAGAGAGCAACGCAAUUCGCUCCGCCGUCGAAGGCUGGUCCAAAUCAACACCCGAAGUCGCCAAAUGGACCAAGUCAACUGUUGGGCAGCAUAUUACAGUAGGAGGUCUGGGUGCCACUCCAGUAGGAACGCCGGCCCAAGUAGCGGACGAGAUGGAACGCUGGGUGAGAGAAGCCGAUGUCGACGGAUUCAACCUGGCCUACGCUGUCAAGCCAGGAUCUUUCAAGGACAUCAUCGACUUGUUGCUCCCCGAACUUCGUCGACGCGGACUGUUCUGGGAGGAUUAUGCUGUCGAAAGGGGAACUUAUCGGGAGAAUCUGUAUGGCAAACCGGGGCAGACAGGUCCCCCGGAGGAUCAUCCUGCGGCCAGGUACCGCUGGCACGCGGGAGUAGACGCUGCGGAUCAUAAGAUUCCCGAAAACUAG